AGGAAGUUAAGUUGAUAGCUGUCACCGGUCUUGACCAAGUCGGACACUAUAUAGACUGCUAAGCAAGAUAGCUGCCAGACUUUAUAUUUGGAGUUUGUUCAUAUCGUGAAGAUCAAUGGCAGAUGAGGCCUCCCCACAGGUAGCACCAUCACAGGUGACUGAGGACUCUGAUCCUGAUGAGUACAGAUACAACAUGGACUACACCAGCAUCGGCCGGUGUGUCGUCAUCAACAACAAAAACUUUGAUAAAAAUACAGGAUUGAGCAUCCGCGAAGGCACGGACUUAGAUGCUGGUCUCGUGAUGAAAACAUUCAGAGGGCUGGGUUAUGACGUUAAGAUUUUCAAAGACCUGACUGCAGCGAAGAUUGAGGAGGAACUGACUAAAGUCUCUAAGGAGGACCACAGCAAGAUGGCUUCCUUUGUGUGCGUGCUCCUGAGUCACGGGGAGGAGAACGUGCUGUAUGGGACGGAUAGUGCUGUGGAGCUCAGCAAGCUGACCGGCCUCUUCAAAGGAGACAACUGUGCUACCCUGGUGGGCAAACCCAAACUGUUCUUCAUCCAGGCAUGCCGUGGGACAGAACUGGAUGGCGGAGUAGAGAUGGACAGUGUUGCUGUUGAAGAUGACGAAUCGCCCACAAGGAUCCCAGUUGAGGCGGACUUCCUGUACGCCUACUCCACUGCACCAGGGUACUACGCCUGGAGGGACACACAAAAUGGCUCCUGGUUCAUUCAGUCCUUGUGUUCCAUUCUGGAUGAGUUUGGAAAACAGCUGGAAAUAAUGCAGCUCAUGACCCGUGUUAACAACAUGGUGGCACUGAACUUUCAGGUGACCCACAGAAAACCAAGUUUGAAUGCCAAGAAGCAGAUGCCCUGCAUUGUGUCUAUGCUGACCAAAGAGCUGUUCUUCACAAAAUAAUGCUCUCCUAAUAGAUACUGUAAAACAAGUAUGUGAUUCUUUAUUAUGUAAAGCAAGAUCUAUAAGGAGACUUUUAUUUUCGUUUACUUGUGUUUUAAUUAUUGGUUUAUUAUGUGGAACGAUCUCUGACUCUAGACUCAUCCAAUAAUACUUCCAGGAGAGACAGCAAUACAAAUACAUUAAGAGACGUUCAGCUGUUACACAAUGUAGAUUAAAACUAUAUGUUGUGGUGUCAUUAUUUUGGUUGUUUACACUUGUCUACUUGUCUUGUCUAUCUGACAAUGUAGGAGAAACAUGAGAGCAUUCACCUGGGGUAGCUGAAAGCCUGUGCUGGAUUAUGAAUAGUACUGUGAUAUGAAAAUAUUUGACCCUCACAGGAGUACAGACCUGCCAUCAUACUUGCUGUCAAUGUCAACUGCUGUUGCAAAUAUCCUCACAAAGUGCAA